AUGCUAUCUCGGCUUUUGAUCUUUACCUGCUUCCUGGCCAGUGCCCUGGCGACGGAUAGGAUCUUCAACCGACCCAAGGGCAAGUCUUUUAUCACGAUCGACUACCGCGUCGGAUGGCCGCUCAAUACUACUACUCCGGGCGGAAUCAUUGCCAUGGUUCCUGUCUGGGGUGGCGACAUCAAAGGCCAGUUCAAUGGGCACAUUGUCGAGAACAUUACUUCCUCCUAUGAGAAGGCCCUGCCUUCAACAAGUGGAGAAUAUACUUCUUAUGAGAACCAACUUCUUUUCGAGAACGAUAGCGGCCAGCGAAUUCUAGCCAAAGUCACUGGCACGACAACCUACGGCAACAUGGCUCUUCAUGGAUUUGGUUAUGCCACCCUUCUCACGGAUAUUGAUGACUUGGAUUGGAUUAACUACGAAAUGUUCAUCGCUGAGUGGCAGGCCGACUUCCAAACUGGCACCGCUGAGAUAGAGAUCUUUUCGAUCACUACUGGUGGCCGCAAAGAUGGCAAGCCGAUCAAGGCGCUGCUCCCUCCCGGUGGGGUUUACGCUUAG